AUGGAUACUUCAAAAUCAAAAAAACGUUGUUACCCAACAGGUCUAGAAAUUUCUUUCAACGAUGAACAACUUAACUCCGUUGUGGAACACUGGCCUCGCUUCAUCACACUUGAAGCAAAACUAUCAGAUCAAAAUUCAAAGCCUCUUACAAAAGUAUCGCCUUUUACUAUACAAAAAGGUAUUCAAGGAAUUAUUGGUACGCCUAAAUCUGUAAAAAAGUUGAAGUCUGGUGCUCUACUUAUUGAAGUCACCAAGAAACAACAUUCAACUUCUUUGUUGGCUUUAAAAAUGUUGGCAGAUAUCCCUGUACUUGGAAAGGUUCAUAGCGGACUCAACCAGAGCAAAGGUAUUUUGUUUGACAGGGAUCACGACCUGGAUGGUAUUCCUGAACAGGAAAUCCAAUCUGAAUUGGAAUCCCAGGGAGUGAUCUCUGUAAGAAGAUUCACAAAAAAGCGUAAUGAUGUUGUUGAACCAACAAACACUUACCUUUUGACCUUUUGUAUGCCAACUCUCCCUACCAACAUCAAAGUUGGGCUGUACCUAAUGAAAAUUGAAACGUUUGUGCCCAAUCCUUUGCGAUGCUUUAAGUGUAAGCGAUUUGGGCAUGGGCAAAUGAAUUGUAAAGGAUCUGAAACAUGCUUCAGGUGUGGUGAGGAGGGGCAUGACGGCAAAACUUGUCAGAAUGACCCAAAGUGUAAAAACUGCAAGGGGGAGCACAUGUCGUCUUCAAAACAAUGUCCGAUAUGGAAAAAGGAAAAAGAAAUACGAAAAGUUAAACAGAGAAAAGAAUACCAUAUCCGGAAGCUAAAAAAUUAG